AUGGCAUUAAGUAAUGAUGAAUUGGCAUGUGUCUAUGCAGCACUCAUAUUAGCUGAUGAUAACGUUGCUGUAACUGGCGAUAAAAUAUCAACUCUAUUAAAAGCAGCAAACUACGAAAUUGAACCAUAUUGGCCAGGUUUAUUUGCCAAUGCUUUGGAAGGAUUAAAAAUUCAAGAUUUAAUCAAGAAUGUUGGCUCAGCAUCUGCUGCAGGCCCAGCAACAACCGCGGCAGCACCAGCAGCCGGUGGUCCACAAAAAGAUGCUCCAGCUAAAGAAGACAAAAAGCCAGCCAAAGAAGAGAAAAAAGAGGAAUCAGAAGAUGAAGGUGAUAUGGGUAAGCAAUUUACUGCUUCAACUUUCACAUUUGCUUUAAGCGCAUUUUAUUUAUCGUUUUAG